AUGCGGAACCUCCUUCGAAGCGUUCUCCGAAAGAAACCCCACAGCGAUGGCGACAAAUUGGUGAAAAAGACCCUCAAACCCCCGGUUCCCACCGUCGUCAUCGCUUCUUGCCGACCGAUCUGCAAUUUGAAGGACCUCGAGUGCCGUUUCGGAAGUGCUGGCGAGCUCUAUGAACAAGUUGCGAAGUGUGCGAACGAACUACGUGAUGGUCGAGCGAAAAUCGAGAGCGGUCUCAACAAUACCCUUCGUGCUUGGAGGCGCUCGGCGGACAGCAGCAUCUUCAUCUACAGCGUCAUCUCAGUGGGUACAAGCACGGCCGCCGUUGUUGCAAGCGCAGUCGGGUUUAUUCCAGUGUACAGGCAACUCGCGCAUGGCGCUCAAUUGGCUGCACAAAUUCUGUGCAUACCCGCAGCCGAAAGACGCCACAGAAUUGCAAGGCAGCGCUUAGAUACUGGUGACCAAGGCUUGAAAGACCUCGAGUGUUUUCGUGGUGUUCAAUUUGCGCUAAAGUUGGUCCAGCGUGGUCGUGACUCUGUCGUCGACGUAGUAUUGGGUGUGUUGCUGGAACUGGCGCAAGAAAACCAGAUCGUAGAUGCAAAGCGGGCCAAGGCCGAAGUUGAUACGCUCAUUAAAGAUUCAUCCACCAACAGUCCGUUGAAAGGCCCACUAAGGAGAAUUCGAGGCAUCCGUGUGACGAAUGUGGAUGGAUUCUACCAGCUUCUACGACGUUAA